UUAUACUUAGGAAUAUUUAGCCUACUUGAAUUCCUAGUUUAAUGUGAAUUUAGUGACAGUCAUUUGGCGCUAUUUGAAAGAAGCUCAGAUGUAAUUAUGGGCAUUCUUGGGCACGACGUUAUUGCCCAAGAAGGAGAAAAAGGCGCAAGUUUGAAAAACAAAUGGGGAGGAGAGAGAAAGUGGGUGUGAAGGAGGCAAGGCGGUGAAUCAGUUUAAGAGAAGUUGUAGCACGUGUUCCGGUUUAUUUUUUCAUCGUUCUCCCAAAUGGUUUAUCAUAGUUUUGUAAUUUCUCUUGUGGUCCCGUUUUGGUUUAUUUUUUAGCCAUUCCCUCCGAUGGAUUUAUCAUAGUUUUUUAAUAUUUUGUGUGUGUGUGUGUGUGUGUGUGUGUGUGUGUGUGUGUCUCGUGCGAAAUGCUUUGUUAUAUUACAAUUAUCAAAAUGGAUUUGAGCGUUCUUCACAAAGCAAAACAGUAUGGACUCAAAGGAUACAAUCGGUUUUUAUCAUGACGCUCGUUACAGAAGGCUGGGAGUGCAACAUGGCAAUGUGUCACAAUGAAGGUAGAGAACCGUCUUACCGCAGGCGGAACUCUGAAAUGUCCCAAGUAUGGAUGGAUCUGGAUAAUGCAACGUCUCUUUACGUACGUCAGAAUGUCACUGAGGAGACUACAUCCAACCCAAAUCUUGAUGUAAUUGCAUCCAGUCCAGACCUUCAAUGGCUUCUGCAGUCCUCAAUACCUUCCCAAUCAGAGACCAACUUGGAAACAUCGUCCCCAAUGAUACCGUCCACCAUGCCUAACUGUCCCUAUUUGUCACAGAGCUCUAGUUUUGACCUGUCUUGUGUAGAAGCAGUGGGGGACAGUGCAGCAGGACACACUGAUAAACAUAUGUCCUCUGAGAAGCUUGAAAGGAUAAGGAUCCGCAGGGAAAGGAACAGAGUAGCAGCUGCUAAAUGUCGGGAUCGUCGCCGUGUGCUUAUAGACACAUUACAGAUUGAGACAGAUCAUUUGGAACAAGUAAAGACACAAUUGGAGGAAGAGAUUGUUGCUCUUGAAAGGGAGAGAGAGAAACUAGAGAUAGUCUUUGAGGCACAUAAGCCCUUUUGCAAGUUGAAUGACUUAAACCCAGAAUAAACUCUAAUGCUGGUCCUGUUUAGUGCCGAGUCUGCUGGUUCAGACCAACCGUUUAUAAUAUAACAAAAAUGUAACAAAAAAAUUCAAAAUGCAAAAUGCUACAAUAAAUUUCCAUGUUACAUUGAAUAACAGUAUAUUGCAUGCACCUUCUAUUUUACUUGUUUUGGUAAUAAACCACAGUUUAAAAUUUCUUGUUUCUUGUUCAGAUAUUUUGUUACACCUUUUCAUAUUAAAUCUGAAUAGAAACAAAGUUUCUGUGUUGCUAUUAUAACAGUAUUUUCUGUUUACAGAUGCACUUAAAAUAAUACUUAUAAUAAUACUGUCUGUUUUUAAGAUUUAAGCAUUUCAGUUGUUUAAAAAAAAACUGAAUUGAGUAAUCUUUAAAUAAUCUAUAUUAUUUUAAAGUAAGCAUAAAUGUGAACUAUUUAAAUGUAAUUAUACACUUAAUUACAUAAUAUGUACAUUUUGUUAAAGAUUACUCAGUUCAGUUUAAUGGAAAUUUGUCAUACAACUGAAAAAAUUUAAAUCUUAAACACAUUGCCUGAACUGUUUAAAUACAAGGUUUUGUAAAAAUCCUCUUCUGAAAUGCAAAAACUGUAAUGUUAGAAGAAUUUCCAAAUUUACACACAGUGGGCCACAUUUAUGAAACAUGAUUAGAACAAAUUAGAUGUAAGUUUUUGAAAACCUUUUUGUUGUUGUAUAAAUUGACAUUCAAUUCGAAGCAACAAUUUACAUUCACUAAAAAAAUUUACACAGGAAUUAGUUUAGAUUGUUUCAUUAUUGUUGCCCAAAUGCUGGCAUUGCUUUGGACUUAAAUAUUAAAUAUUUUAUACAUGAAUCUUCAUAUAUAAUAAAUAUAUAUGAAGAUUUAAACAUAUACUU